AUUGCUCUUAAACUUGAUUUUAAAAAAGGGUUUGAGUUCUAAGGUGUUCUCAGGGAUUGAUUUCUUUUUGUAAUGGUAAGCUUCCUACACCUCAUGAUUUCCAUAUGUUGCUUAUUGAUCAGCAGGAGUAUUUGUAUUAAAAAAUAUUUUCAGCAUUUAAAUGUGUUAAGUCAGAUGUGAGAACUUAAUGUUGUCCAGCGUCCACCUCCAUACUAGGCAUACAACACACAUCGUACGCAUCGGAUUGAGAUUUUUGAUUUGGGUUCAAUGGGUAAAUAAAAUUAUUUACCCAUUGAAAUUGAUUAUGAUUCAAGGGCUGCAUGGUGGGGUCGUGCUUGUAGCACAUCACAGUUCUGAAGUCUGGGUUCAAGCCCUCCUGUUUUGUUUGUUUUUAUCCUUUAUCCCGUUGAGGCAAUUGACAACAUUCUUAUUUUCAAUGCUGACCUGACAGCAGAUUAAAAUAAAGCAAAUACAUAAACUGUACUGUGUGAUGUAGAUGCAUAGAUAUUUAAUCCAUUACAUUACAUCAUAGGACAUGGUGAAUAAAAAGUAAAGGCGAGUGUCAACCUGGAACAUCCGGAUUGCUGCCUCUCUUUUAUUUUGAAGGGCGCGUAUAACAGGAAGAGAAAUGUCAUUUUCUUUUUCCCCCCUCCAGCCCCACUAAGUACAGUAGCUUCAACUUGCUCGACUCGCAAUUUGCUCUAAUAUUCUCAAUAUCUGGCACUCUCGUCAUGUCUUCUUCGGCACCCGUUAAGAUUGGUAUAAUCGGCGGUUCGGGUCUGGACGAUCCGGAUAUAUUGGAGGGAAGAACCGAACGUUAUGUUGACACGCCGUACGGAAAGCCAUCAGAUGCCUUAAUUCUGGGAAAAAUAAAAAACGUUGAAUGUGUGCUCCUGGCAAGGCAUGGAAGACAGCACACCAUCAUGCCAUCUAACGUCAACUACCAGGCCAACAUUUGGGCGCUGAGGGAGGAGGGCUGCACACAUCUGCUGGUCACCACGGCGUGCGGAUCGCUGCGAGAGGAGAUCCAGCCUGGCGACAUCAUCCUCAUAGAUCAAUUCAUUGACCGGACAACCAAGAGAGCGCAGACGCUUUACGACGGCCAACCGACCAGUCCUCCGGGUGUGUGUCACAUCCCCAUGGCUGAGCCGUUCUGCAACAGGACCAGAGAGCUGCUAGUGGAGGUAGCACGCUCGCUAGGCGUCAAGUGCCACGCGAGGGGCACCAUGCUGAGCAUCGAGGGGCCCCGCUUCUCCUCGCGGGGCGAGAGCCUCACGUUCCGGCAGUGGGGCGCCGACGUCAUCAACAUGACCACGGUGCCCGAGGUGGUGCUCGCCAAGGAGGCGGGGUUGUGCUACGCUAGCAUCGCCAUGGCGACGGACUACGACUGCUGGAAGGAGCAUGAGGAGGCGGUCUGCGUGGACAACGUGAUGAAGACCAUGAAGGAGAACGCCAACAAAGCCAGCAGCAUCCUGCUGACCGUCAUACCUCAGAUCAGCCAGUUGGACUGGAGCCAGACCAUAACCUCCUUGAAAGCGACGGCUCAGUCGGCAGUAAUGUUACCCAAACAUUGAAGAUCCCCCUCCCGAAAAAAAGGAAAGAAUGCUCGGCUCAGCUGCGGGUUUGUCAUCGAUGACUGGAAAUUAAACCACGCAGUGUCAUAAGUGAUUUUAAUUUAGUCUCUGCAACAAUUUGUGGUUUGAUAUCUCCACAAGGGAGGAGUUUUCUUCCUCAGAUACUAAAUAACUGAACAUUUUCACUCGAUAUUAUUUUUGUAUGCUUUAUAAUUUUAUGCUGUACACAUUUCCAUCCAUGCAUCCAUUUUCUGAGCCGCUUCUCCUCACUAGGGUCGCGGGCGUGCUGGAGCCUAUCCCAGCUGUCAUCGGGCAGGAGGCGGGGUACACCCUGAACUGGUUACCAGCCAAUCGCAAGGCACAUACAAACAAACAACCAUUAGCACUCACAGUCACACCUACCGGCAAUUUUGAGUCUCCAAUUAAUACAUGUUUUUGGGAUGUGGGAGGAAACCGGAGUGCCCGGAGAAAACCCCCGGAGGCACGAGGAGAACAUGCAAACUCCACACAGGCGGGGCCGGGGAUUGAACCCGGGUCCUCAGAACUGUGAGACUGACACUCUAACCGGUCGUCCACCGUGCCGCUGUACACAUUUCCAUUUCUUAUAUAUUUUUUGGCUUGUUAUUAUUGGAUAUUUUUUCUUUUUUUUUUCUUUUAGUGACCCUGUCCCCCCCCCACCUCUGGAACUCUAUCCUUACUAAAAAAUGUGUAAUGCUGCUUCUCUGUACAUUUAAAACAAAAAAACACCAUAUGUUCCAAAGCAUGCAGUAUCAAGAAUACACACACGCACAUAUAUAAGCAGGUAGUUUAGAAGUAAUUCCCCAACCAUUGAAAAAAAUUUUACUUCGGUGAAUGCCCCCAACUGUAUCGUUAAAAACACAUUUUUCAUUUUGUUUCUUUCAAUUUCAUUUCAUUUUUUUUUUUAAGUGUCUCUGUUGAAAACAGCUAUUGCCAUAUGACAGUAAAUAAACACUGUGAUUGUCUUUGAUGCUUUGAUGCUGAAGUGUAGAACACAUGAAACUCACUCGCAUGCUCUAAAGGGAUUUAUUAAAUGUGAAUGUUGGACAGA